CAAAGGCGGGCGCGCGCACGUCCUGACGCAGCCUGGGCCCGCGGCGGCUGCAAGGGCGGGAGGAGGCGGUCGCCGCGGGAUUUGGAGCCGCUGAGCCUCGCGGUCGCUUUGGCAGCAUGUAAGCAGCUGUUUGCCAAGAACCCAGGCUACUGCUAAGAAAGAGCCUUAGGGAGAAGAGCGUCCAGGGGAAACCAAUGCCAGAUGCAUCUGGAAUUACACUCAGCGCUUGCAGCAUGAGACAUUGUAUGCCAUCGUCUCUUUCCUGCUGGCAAAGACUGUAGCUCUCCAGGUGGGGAGGGUCCUGGGAGCUGUGAGCACCAGGAGCCUUGCCAGGGAGGAUGGGGCCAGAUAUGAACUCUCUACAAUGAACACGUUUUUCAGCUUAUGAAGGAAUUUUAAAUAAAACAAUUAUUUAAUUUCCACAUAUUCAAGUUCAAAAGCCUUCUGUGUGCAGUGCCAGUAGUUUCCCCUCCAUAGGCGUUAUCAGGAGUUUUCUGGCACCAAGUUGAACUCUUCCUGGUACUUCUGGCAGUGACAGAUCCACAGGACAGAUUUAUCUGUUGAAUGCUCUUGGGCAGGAAAACCACGUAAGACCUCUGGAAGCAGCAUCAGGACAGCAGAGCAGAGCUCCCACCCUCACUGUUCACUUGCACAGAAACUCUGUCUGGACUUGGAUGCUUUUACUGAAGACCCAUCGAGCUUCAUUUAUUUCCAGAGUCCCUCCAUUCCGGAGAGACCUGGUGUUUGCAGCUGCCUCCUGUGGCCCUGUUUUCCUGUCAUUCUCCUCCCAGGCCUUCUGUUCAGGCGGUUGAAGGGCGUUGAGUUUGGAAUGGGGUUUGCUGUUCUUCGGGAAUUUGCUUCCUUUCCCUGGCUGGUGCUGUUGGGAAGGACCAUCUGAAGUCUGCAGUUUGUUCUUGGGGAGGCAGGUGCUGGCCUGGCCCGGAUCCUCCACCAUGUUCCUGUUGCUGCCUUUUGAUAGCCUGAUUGUCAACCUUCUGGGCAUCUCCCUGACUGUCCUCUUCACCCUCCUUCUCGUUUUCAUCAUAGUGCCAGCCAUUUUUGGAGUCUCCUUUGGUAUCCGCAAACUCUACAUGAAAACACUGUUAAAAAUAUUUGCGUGGGCUACCUUGAGAAUGGAGCGAGGAGCCAAGGAGAAGAACCACCAGCUUUACAAGCCCUACACCAACGGAAUCAUUGCAAAGGAUCCCACUUCACUAGAAGAAGAGAUCAAAGAGAUUCGUCGAAGUGGCAGUAGUAAGGCUCUGGACAACACUCCAGAGUUUGAGCUCUCUGACAUUUUCUACUUUUGCCGGAAAGGAAUGGAGACCAUUAUGGAUGAUGAGGUGACAAAAAGAUUCUCAGCAGAGGAACUGGAGUCCUGGAACCUACUGAGCAGAACCAAUUAUAACUUCCAGUACAUCAGCCUUCGGCUCACGGUCCUGUGGGGGUUAGGAGUGCUGAUUCGCUACUGCUUCCUGCUGCCGCUCAGGAUAGCGCUGGCUUUCACAGGGAUUAGCCUUCUGGUGGUGGGCACGACUGUGGUGGGAUACUUGCCAAAUGGGAGGUUUAAGGAGUUCAUGAGUAAACAUGUUCACUUAAUGUGUUACCGGAUCUGUGUGCGAGCGCUGACAGCCAUCAUCACAUACCACGACAGGGAAAACAGACCAAGAAACGGUGGCAUCUGUGUGGCUAAUCAUACCUCACCGAUCGAUGUGAUCAUCUUGGCCAGUGAUGGCUAUUAUGCCAUGGUGGGUCAAGUGCACGGGGGACUCAUGGGUGUGAUUCAGAGAGCCAUGGUGAAGGCCUGCCCACACGUCUGGUUUGAGCGCUCGGAAGUGAAGGAUCGCCACCUGGUGGCUAAGAGACUGACUGAACAUGUGCAAGAUAAAAGCAAGCUGCCUAUCCUCAUCUUCCCAGAAGGAACCUGCAUCAAUAAUACAUCGGUGAUGAUGUUCAAAAAGGGAAGUUUUGAAAUUGGAGCCACAGUUUACCCUGUGGCUAUCAAGUAUGACCCUCAAUUUGGCGAUGCCUUCUGGAACAGCAGCAAAUACGGGAUGGUGACGUACCUGCUGCGAAUGAUGACCAGCUGGGCCAUUGUCUGCAGCGUGUGGUACCUGCCUCCCAUGACCAGAGAGGCAGAUGAAGAUGCCGUCCAGUUUGCGAAUAGGGUGAAAUCCGCCAUUGCCAGGCAGGGAGGACUUGUGGACCUGCUGUGGGAUGGGGGCCUGAAGAGGGAGAAGGUGAAGGACACAUUCAAGGAGGAACAGCAGAAGCUGUACAGCAAGAUGAUCGUGGGGAACCACGAGGACAGGAGCCGCUCCUGAGCCCACAUCGAGCUGGCUGGGGCCACCGCGUGCCAGGUGCCGACGGGCUAGGAGCUGGAGCGCCGCUGCCGCCCCCACUGCUGCGUCCUUUCCAGACUCCGGGGCUCCCCGGGCUGCUCUGGGUCCCAGGACUCUGGCUUUCGCCCAGCCACAGGGGGAUCCCCGUGCACCCGGCACAGCCUGCCCUUGGCAGUCUGAAUGGAUGCUGCUGGGUGUCGUGACCCAGGACGAGAUGCCUUGUUUCUUUUACAAUAAGUUGUUGGAGGAAUGCCAUUAAAGUCAGCUCCCUACCUGUGCACACUGUGCGGGCCGAGUGGCUGGGGAGGUGUGGCCACGUUCUUGUGCUAGGGACGGCGGGACAGGCGUCUGUUAUGUAUGCCCAUGUGCCAGGGACAUGCUGGGGGUGGCCACCCACUCUUAAGGAGAGGCACAGCUGAGGCACUGUGGCUGGCUUCGGCCUCAGCAUCGCCCCAGUCUUGGAGCUCUACAGAUGUGAUAGGAAGGAAACUGUCGCCUGCAGGGGCUUUCAGCAAAAUGAAGGGUUAGAUUCUUAUGCUGCUGCUGAUGGGGCCACCAAAGGGAGGGGAAGAGGCCAAGUGGGCUGCUGACUGCUGCUGACUGGCCCAAGGUGAGAACCAAGAGUCACGUGUUCAUACUGCAGGCUGACCCUGAACUCCCCAUGUGAUACUCGCUCUGUUGAAUGUGUGCCUCGGUUUCCCCAUCUGUAACAUGAGUCGGGGAAGGGUGGUGAUCCUACCUCACAGGGCUGUUGUGGGGAUUAAAGUGCUGCGGUGAGUGAAGGACAUGUCACGUUCAGUGUUUCAAAUACAGGCCCACAAAACGGGGUGGGGCAGUCUGAGCUCAGAGCUGCUGCACCGGGCUGUGGAUUUGUUUUUGUGAGUAAAUAAAACUGGCUGGUGAAUGAA